GGGGGGGGGGCGACUCGGGUUCCAGGUAGGCUUGUGGGUAGAGCAUGGAUCUAUCUCCACCAGCUUCAGAAGAGUGGGGAGAGGUACCAGCGCAGCCUCGCAACGACCUGGAACAGCUGCUCGAUAGGCAAGCAGGAGCGGGUGGGUCUGCGCCGGCGGGCUUGCGGGUGGCGCGGGCGCGCGGCGAGGUGCGCAUGUCUUUGCAAGUCGGAGUCAAGGAGUUUCAGUUUGACGGCAGCUCGCAGGCAGGGCCGGGCAAGCUCCGGCCUGCAGCGCCGGCCAAGCUGCGACCUGCAGCGCCGGCCAAGCUGCGGCCGGCUGGGCGGCCGCAACGCCGGCCGUCGGGGCCAAUCGCAGGCACAGUCAGCUCGCGGCUCAAGCAGCUCGGGCCGGGCCUCAUUCUGCCGAUGCCGGGUGGGCCGCCGCCCAAGCGCAGGGCGCGGCCUGUGUCGAUGAUGGGGCCCGCGGGGGCGACAGGAGCGGGGACGGUGGCGGGGGCGGUGGCGCCUGUGAGGGCGGAGGCGGAGGCGGAGGCGACGGGCAGUCGGAAGACGCUCGACGUGUCGUCGCACAAGGCCAGGGCGAAGGCGUCGGCGCGGGCAAGCGGGCGGCGGCGGCCGCCGAGUCGGAAGCGGGUGGCGCGCAACAAUACCAAGCGGCUGGGGAGCUCUGCAGGAACGGGCGUGGAUGCAGGAGGCGAGGGGAGCAGGAGGCCAAGGUGCAGGAAGCGCACCAAUGCUGGACCUCUCGGCGGCGCGGUCGCGGGCAGCGCUCGGCGCGCCGUCACGCGAGCGCAGGCCAUCGACGCGGAUGGAGCGGCCGCCGGCGUCGCUCCUGGUGGCUGGCGUGCUCGGUGAGUCGGGCCCGCGAGCAAGGCCGCGCGCAAGACCGUCGCCGGCCAAGCCGUCGUACACAAAGCCGCCGCGCGGAGCGGCGGUGCCCGGCAAGCCGCCGCGCGCAAAGCCGCCGCGCGGAGCGGCGGUGCCCGGCAAGCCGCCGCGCGCAAAGCCGCCGCGUGAAGCGGUGGUGCCGGGCAAGCCGCGGCGAGCAAAGCCGCCGCGGGCCAAGCCGCCACGCACAAAGCCGGGCAAGCCGCCGCGGGGGGCCACCAUUGCAGGCGCAGAUGGAAAAGUGGUGGCAACGGCAGCAGCGAUGGCAGCAACGGCAGCUGGCGACAGCCAGCGGGGACGCGCGCAGUCGGAGAGCGCGGCAGUGUGGACCGACGAAAGCCCGCCGGCGACGCCGACAACGCCGAGCACACCGAGUGCGAACGGCGGGCUGUUGGGGCUCCCGGGCUCGCGCGAGAACGUCGAGCUCGCGCCGCCGGAGACCGGGCCAAUCCUGCUCUCGGUCGGAUGGAACAACGCGCGCAAGAUGAUGCGGUUCGCCAAAGAGUCGUACGUGGGCGAGAUGAUUGCGGCGAUUUGCGAGAAGUUCUCGCUCUCGUUUGCCGAUCCGUACAUGGUGCAGGUCCAGGGCGGGCCGCUGAUGUACCCCGACAAGUAUGUGUGCGAGUAUGGGCUCGCCAACCUGGGGCGGAUCGAGGUGGUGGAGGGCGACUAUCCGGUGGACGGGUUUGGGCGCGAAUCGCCCGAGCCCGGGCUCGGGCUAGACGCGUCUGCCGAGCGGCUGCGCAAGGUCUCGAUGACGUCGCUGGUCUCGGAAGAGUCAGAAGAGUCUGCAGCGGUGGAGGAGACAGCAGACGUGUUCCUCUCGGUCGAGCACGAGUCUGUGCGCAAGCUGCUGCGGUUCGCGCGGAGAGCAAGCGUGGCAAGCGCAGUGGCUGCAGCCGCCGCCAAGUUUGGCGUCGACGCAUGCCACUACGGAUUUUCCGGUGAACGCAUCGGACCGCUCGACCUGGACAAGACGCUCGGAGACUAUAACCUUCAGAUGCGCGAUUUAGUGUUCCUCCAGGAGGGCGCGCAGCUCGCCAAGACCGGGCUGGACAUCCCGGAAGUCGACGGGCGAGAGAUCAUGCUCGCGUUCAGGUACAACAUGCAGGAGAAAGUGCUGAUGGUGAAGGAGCAGCUCGAGGUGCGGCACGCGGUUGUCCUCGCGUCGCGGAAGUUCUUCAUCAACAAGCCGCAGCUGUACGCGCUGAGCCACGCCGGGCACGGAGUGCUCGAGCCGCACGCGCAGAUUGCGUCGUUUUGCUUUGGCAUGCGCGAGGUGCUCAACCUUGAGCUCGCAGUCCGAGCCUGCGAGGGCGCGGCGCCGUCGUCAGCGUCCGAGGGCCUGGGCCCGGCGUGCGGGCGCAAGUCGUUUACCGAGGACGGGCGGGACGUCGAGGGCGACGUCGUGCUCUCGGUCUCGAACCAGCAGGCCUCGGUCUUCAAGAUUAUGAAGUUUGCCAAGGCGUGCCUGGUGGGAGAAGCGGCGCAGGUCGCGGCGCGGCGGCUGUUCCUCGAGCCUCAGGGCGCGUACCUCUACUCGCACAAGCACGGGCGGCUGGAGGCGUCGCUCCCGCUGGCGACGUACAUGUUUUCGGACCGCGAGGAGGUGCUGCUGCGGCUCGGCGCAGACUCGGGUACGAGCAGCGUGUCGGGCGCGGUGGGCAAGGCGGCGAUGACGUCGUCGGCGGGCGCGGCGUCGAAGCGGGCGUCGGUGCUGCAGGACGUGCUCGCUGGCGCGGCGGUUGUGGUGGUGGUCAUGCACGAGCCGACGUCGCGGAUCAAAAUGGUCAAGGCCGAGCCAGGGCAGACGGUGGGCGAGCUGGUGGAGAUGCUCGGCAAGAAGUUCAUGCUCGACGACGUGUGGCGGUACUCGCUGACCUCGCCGCGGAUGGGGGUGGUGUCGGACAGCUCGGCGCUUGUCGGCUCGCUCGGGCUCGGCAUGCAGGAGGAGCUGAGCUUGGUCAUCAAUCCAGGCGCGGUCAAGCCGGCAGAGGCCAAGCGCGAGGAGCGCGAGCUCGAGCCGGUGGUCGGGUCGUUCUUCGGCGAGCCGUCGCCGCUCCUCGGUGGGCGCGGGCGGGUGAGCCUCGGGUCGAGCUCGGACGACGACGAGGGCGGGAUGGAGUACCUCCGGCCAACGGCCGGCGGCGAGCUCGACGCCGCAGUGGCGUCGUCGCUCUCGCCGGCUGUCUUGUCGUCGUUUGCGCGCGAGGCCGGCGGCGGGUGCGAGUCGUACUUUGAGUCGGGCUUUCCGGACGCGGACGGCGUCGCGGCCGAACGGGACAACGGCAGCAACGGCGGCGACGGCGGCAACGCGGCUCCCUCUGAGGCCGGCGAGACCGUGGCCGGCACGCCGGUGGAGCUCUUUGCCGAGGCUGCCGAGCGGGCACUGACGAUGGCGCAGAGCGUGGAGGCCGAGGACGAGGACGCCAACGCCGCGUUUGUGGCCGACUUUCUGCUCAUGUUCCGGUCGUUCAUCGAGCCGAUCGAGCUCCUCCAGUUCAUCAUGUGGGAGAUGGUGCCCGGAAGUAUUCCGCGGAGCGAGCUCCUGGUGCGGGUCGACCCAGACCGCGGGGUCUUCAACCGUGCAGGCGCGCUCGUGCUUCUGCAGGAGUGGCUCUCGACGCACUUUGAGGACUUUACAAGCGACCCGCUGCUGCGGAUGAGUAUUAUCCAGUUUGCGCACACCUUUCUCGAGGGCGCAGAGCGCGACUGCCUGCUCGCGCUCGUCCACUGCGGGGGCGAGGAGCAGCAGGCGCCGCUGCCGAGCUACGAGGCCGAGGUGGCAGGCAAGUCGAUCAAGUGGCACAGCGUGUGGAUGCAGACCGAGGUCUCGGUCUUUGCGCAGCAGAUGACGCUGCUGGAGCUCUCGCUGUACCAGCGGAUCCUCCCGCGCGAGCUGCUCGACCAGGCGUGGACCAAGGAUGAGCUCAAGAACACCCGGGCGCCCAACGUGACCGCCGUCAUCUCGCAUUUUAACAGGUUCUCGCGGUGGGUGGUGACGGAAAUCCUCAUGGCGCGGCGGCCGCAGAAGCGGGCAGCCAUCAUGGCCCGGUUCGCCGAGCUCGCGGUCCAGCUCAUGAUCCUCAAAAACUACUCGGGCGUCAUGGAAAUCCUCUCCGCGCUCAACUCCUCCGCAGUCAUGCGGCUGAGAAAGACCUGGGCCAAACUCCCGCCCGAGGCGCUGACAUCCAUCAACAACCUGCAGGUCCUCGUCUCGCACGAGAAAAACUACAAGUUCCUCCGCGACCAGCUCGCGUCCGCCAAGCCGCCGUCUGUCCCCUACCUUGGCCUCUUCCUCUCAGACCUCGUCUUUACCGCAGACGGUAACCCCAACUCGACCGAGGACGGCCUGGUCAACUGGAUCAAGUGGAAGCAGUACGCCCGCAUCGUCCGCGCCCUCCGCAAGCCCGCCCGCGGCGCACUCGCCAUCACCCCGCUCCCGGUCGUCCAGCACUUUCUCACCCACCAUCUCUCAUACAUCGACGAGUCGGACGCGUACGAUCUCUCGCUCGAGCUGGAGCCGCGGAAGAAGAAGAAGUAGUACACUAGUCCACGUCGUCCAUGGUUCAUCGUUCGAAGGCGAGUCCAUUAAUAUCAGGAGCUAGCCCUA